CUAGGGGUUGGCCAUGGGAAUGUCCCUAUGGGGUGCUCCGUGGGGCGGCGUUCGGGGUGUCCCUAUGGGGCAGUCCCUGUGGGGCAGCCCGGCACGCAGCUCUCCCGCAGGACGGCACGCUGGCGCUGGGCGCUCCGGGCGGGUACUACUUCAUGGGGCUGCUGUACGUGGCGGACGUGGGCUCCAUCCUCUCCCGCUUCCGCAACACCUCCCUGCUGUGGCCGCACAGCCCCGGGCGCCCCACGAGCGAGCAGGCGAGCUCCGAAUACGACGACGGGUACCGGGGGUACUCGGUGGCCAUAGGCGAAUUCGAUGACAACCCCAAAACCAAAGAGUUCGUGGUGGGGGUCCCCAAUAAGAGCAACACGAGGGGCGAGGUGGAGAUCUUCAGCGCGGGGCUGGCGCUGCGCCGGCUGCAUGGCAUCGCCAGUGAGCAGGUGGCCUCGUACUUUGGGCACACGGUGGCUGUGGCCGACGUCAACGGGGACGGGAGGGACGACGUGCUGGUGGGGGCCCCGCUGUUCAUGGAGCGGCGCGCGGAGGGGAAGCAGCGCGAGGUGGGGCGGCUCUACCUCUACUUGGGGGGCGCGCGGCGGCCGUGGGAGCGCCCCCCCCAGACCCUGACGGGCACGGAGCCCUACGGGCGCUUCGCCGCCGCCAUCGCCCCCCUGGGGGACCUGGACCACGACGGCUGCGGCGGUAACGGCGUCACCGGGCCCCACAGCCCCCGCCCCACGGCACCGCACCGCGCCCUUCCAGUGCCACCCCCUGCCACCCGACCCGUAACCUUGUCCCCCCACAGGGCCCCAAUGCCCCCGCCUCCCGCUGGCGCCCUAUAGCCCCUGCUGCCCCUCCCGGUCCAUCCCGGUGCCACCGGACCCAUAACCCCAGCCCCUCACAGCCCCCGACCCCACCCCGUAGCACACC